CUAUGUCAUCUAGCUAGCUAGCUAGUAGUCUCGUGGUGGGCACAACAAAAUCGUCGACUCUACCGCACUCCAGAGUAGAGUACUACGUAGGCUGGAAUCGGUUCUGAUGCCAGUAUCAUACAUCAGAGCAAUCAAUUGGUUUUCCGUUGGAUGCACGGCAGCACGGCAGAGCCCGAACCCCUCGACCUCGACUGCGAAGCCUGUCUCAAUAGCCGCGUAUCUGCAUGGAUGUAACUUCACGAACCUUGAAGAGACUGUGGCAUCACGGUAGAAAAUCUUAGUAAUAAGGACCAAUGUGGAGUUAGCCGACUGUUUGGGUGUCAACCGUCCGUUUAGACCUAGAUAAGCCUCUCGAGGCCCACUCUUAAUUCUUGGAGAUUUGGGAGUUGAGCAUGCACACCCUGACAAAGUGCGGUCUUUGCUGCACAAGCGCUUACAAGAACCGAUUGACUGGACUGGCUUCUCGGAGGCAGGUGUGGGAAUCGCAUCAAAAAGUGGAACACCAAAGAAAAACACGAAGGAAGAUCCCUUCCCAUCUUACGAACAGGUGAGACAGAACCACGAAUCUCCAAGAGAAAACAGUGCUUGACAACAUCAUCAGAACUCCUUAUAAAAACUAUCCUGACUGCUUGUCAAACAGAAGAAGAAACAAUGCCGUCGCUACUGCUGGAUCAGGCUCAAUUGCCACUGUUGGAGUCUCCUUCUCAACGAGGUUGGUUUUUCUUUCAAAAGAACAAAACCAAUGAUCAAGAUGAUGAAGAAACAACAACCAAGCGCAAACGCAAAAUGUCCUAUGAAGAGCCUCGUGAUGAUGGCAAAGAUGAUUGUAUCGACUAUUUCAUCAAUGAUGAUCGUUCCCAUGAUUCCAGCUCUGACUCGGAUAGUGAACUUUGGGAUAUCUCCGGCAAGUUGGCCAACUUUCGCAGCCGCAUGAAGGGACGACACAGUCCCACUCACAGCGGCGAUCAGUCGGAUGUGCUACCACUGAUUCAUCAGGCUGAUUCUUCUUCUGAUUUAGAAGACAGUUAUCUUUCUUCUCCUCCUUCUUCCAACAAGUCUUCUAGCAGCUCUGAUUCUAUCCUUCUCAAAAUUGUCUGCAGGAUCUGCUGCUUUCUGCCGUGGGCAGCUCUCGCUCUGGUCCUUACUUAUGCUUUCUACAGCUUUGUGCCGUUCUUGCUGUCACUCCAAUAUGGCUUUUCGCACAGUGCCAUGUAUCCCAAUGGUUUGAAGCCCUACACUUCAGUUCCAAACUUUCACUACCACCAUGAUGCAGACUCCCUCCCUGCUCCCGUGUAUGCCAAACCAGUCCAUAUCCCCCGUAUUGUCCAUGUCACUUACAAAUCAAGAGACCAACUUCCUGCCGAAUGGGAAUACAGCCUCCAACAGUGGGAGAAGACCAAUCCAGACUGGGAAAUUCGCUUUUGGUCGGACCAGGACCUGGCUGAGUUUGUCCACACUUACUAUCCAGAGAUGGAAGAGUUCUGGAAGAGCUACAAGUACAUGAUUCAACGCGUUGACUCGGUUCGGUACAUGAUUCUACAUCACUAUGGUGGACUCUACAGUGACAUGGAUAUCUACCCUGCCACUUCUUUGGACAAGUUGUUGCAGCAAUGGGAAGAUGCUGGCAAGGAUGUCCUUUUGGCAGAAUCCUUGAAUUGUGGAGUGACCAAUGCUUUCAUGGCAGCGGCUCCACAGUCGGAAUUUAUGAAGUGUGCUGUUGACAAUCUGCCCAAGUUUCAAUACUCUUGGAUUCAGUUUAGCCACUGGCGACACUGGGAAAUCUUGUCAUCGGCUGGAUCAUCCUACUUGUGGGGUAUGGUGGGCCACUGUUUUUCCGAAGGUGUGGAAGUCAUGGACAAGAAAUCCUUUCGGGGAUGUUCGGUCUGUGAUGCAUGGGAAACAGGCCAACCAUCAGAAACCUGUGAUACUGAGUGGUUGCAUCAUUCCAGUACCAAUUCCAGUUGGCAUCAAGACGCCAGUUUCAUGCACCGGUUGCUUGUCAAUCUCAGCUAUUUCUUUCUCUGCAAGCCCAUUCGGGGGUGCUUUCUCAUUGCCGCAUCGGUCGUGGCAUUGGUGCGACGUCGAUACUACAAAAAGCAACAAUAGCAGCAACCAUCUUUGUUGGCUGCAAGUCUUUGUGCGUCGUGCUGAGCGAAUAUCAUGAAAACGAAAGUGCGACUGUUUCAAACAGAGUGUUAUUUUAUCGUUUGUCCAAGUGAAGAAAGUUUGUUGGGUGUCUAUCUAUUACCUAUUCGUUCAUUCAUGAGGCUUAUACAAAAUUUAAAUAGUCUAGUCAUGUGCAGUUGCUUAG